AUGAUGCUAUUCUGGAAACCUGAGCAAGUAGAGGAAAAGUCUUUUGAAGAGAGAACAACGCCUCCGGUACAUCCUAGUGGCGACAACGGAGGCGACCUGGAAAAUGGCGAAUCUGGAAUGCCAAACGGAAGCCGCGAGAAGCAACCAACGGAUAGAAUUACUGGCCGUCAGAUCUUUUACAUCUUUGGACUUGAUGGAAUCGGUGCUGCAAUCCUUUCCGGUGGAAUCAAUUUUGCCCUUGCAUACGCGAACGUAAUCAAAAGCUUGAACCCGCUGACACGAGCCAAAUAG